AUGUGCACAGAACGAAUCCUGGUGCUGACCUUCCUCUGUGUGUGGGGCAGCGAGGUGACAGCUAUAGAUGGUUCUGAUGGGUACAAGACUCCGGAUUUCUGUAAAGGGUUUAAGUGCCCCAGAUAUCGAGUGGUGGAGAAGCAUGAAGUAAGUAGGUUCUCAUCAUUUUAACAUGUGGGUUUUCUGUUUAUUUGGUUUAACCCAUGGGUAUUAUAGAAGUAUUUUUGUUUUCACCUUCACCAGGAGUUAUACAUGUCAUAUUUUCUUGAAGCCUUACUAGACUGAUGUAGUAAAAAAAAAACAAGAAAAAAAACAACAACUGUGUAUACAAAGCCAAAAACAGAAGAAAGGAGUUGAAUACAUAAAAAGGAACACCAAAGUGGAAAUAUAAACAAAAUAAAAAAAUAAAUACGACCUAAAUAUAUAAUAAUUCAAUGCAUAAGAAUAAAUCUCCUACCUGAAAAAUAAAAAAGUGCAAUAUAGCACACAAUAAUGCAAAAGGUGAGUGGUGGAAGAGAAAUCAAAGAAUGAGCAGAAAUAAUGAUUAUAUUGUAACAAUGGCACCUGUCAAGGGGUGGGAUAUUUUAGGCAGCAAGUUAACAUUUAGUUCUUGAAUUUCAUGUGUUGGAAGCAAGAAAAUGGGCAAUUGAAACAUCUGAGUUCCAUUAACAAGGGACAUAUGGUGAUGGCUAGACGACAGAGCUUCUCCAAAACGGCAAGUCUUUGGGGUUUUCGCAGGAAGCAGUGGAUAGUACCUACCAAAAGUGGCGCAAGGAAAGACAACUGGUAAACUGGCUUCAGGGUUAUGGGCAUCCCAAGGCUCAUUGAUGCAUGUCGGGAGUGAAGGCUAGUCUGUCUGGUCUGAUAACACAGAAAAGUUACUGUAGCUCACUUUUCUAAAAAAAUGUAAUACGGGCCAUGAUAGAAAGGUAUAACACAGUGCCUUGCUGUUUGCUGCAUAUGGGGCUGCGUAGCCGCAGACCAGUCAGAGUGCCCAUGAUGACCCCUGUCCACCACCAAAAGUGCCUUCAAGAGGGUAUGUGAGCAUCAGAACUGGACCAUGGAGCAAAUAGAAAAAUCAUGUUUUUGUUUACAUCAGGUGGAUGGCCAUCUCUACCUGGGAACGAGACAGUAGCAGGAUGCACUAUGGGAAAUAGGUAGGCUGACUGAAGCAGUGUUAUAAUGUGGGCAAUGUUCUGCAGGGAAACCAUUGGUGCUGGCAUUCAUGUGGAUGUUACAUUGACAUAUAUCACCUACCACCAGAUUGUUGCAGACCACGUACACCACUCCAUGGCAAUGGUGUUCCCCGAUGACAGUGGCCUCUUUCAGCAGGUUAAUGCACCCUGCCACAUUGCAAAAAACUUUCAGAAAUGGUUUGAAGAACAAGAAAAGUAGUGUUGCCUUGGCCUACAAACUCCCAAGAACAAUUGGAUCAACAUCAAUUCGAAGCCAAUCAGUGAUGGUGGGGGCCCCAUCUUCUAGCACCCAGCAUUAUUGCAUGGUCUUAAGGACCUGCUAAAAAUGCUUAUUCCAUAAAUGCACACAGAGAUCCAUGCUUUCAUACCACUGACUCGACAACUCUGUCAUGUUUGAGCUCAGUGUUUUGUGCCAAAACUGUGGAGAAAAAUAUUUAUUUUCAUCCCCCUGAAAAGUUCUUCUCACCAUAGCCCCAUGUUUUCUUACACCUAUGACAAAAUAAGAGUUUUCAGCUUUAUAAAGCAUGAUAGGCAUAAGCAGGAUUCAGAAAGAAGAGUAAGCAAUACACCCUGUUCCAAAUUAUUAUGCAAAUGAUCUUUUUCUCAUUUACCUAAAUAAUUGAUGUAAAUAACAGUCAGCAUAAUUCUCAUGUUAUCAACUAUUAAGAGUACAAUUCAAAUUUUAUUGAACAAACCUCCUAAUGAUAACAGUAUUUUUUUUAAACAUAAAAAACUUACAAUGCACUGUUCCAAAUUAUUACGCACAGUAAGUUUCAAAACACUUUAUAGGUUGUAAAGAACUGAAAAUUGUCAUUUGUUGUGUUUGCAGCAUAUUUACUGAAAUCAAAAGCUAUUUCAAUCAAACUUAUAACAAUAUUUUAACUUUUUAAACAUUUUAACAGGUCACAUUACAUUUUAACAUAGGACCCCUUAUUUGAUAGCAGCUUCACAAGUCUUGCAUCCAUUGAACUUGUGAGUUUUUGGACAGUUUCUGCUUGAAUUUGUUUGCAAGAUGUCAGAAUAGCCUCCCAGAGCUGCUGUUUGGAUGUAAACUGCCUCCCACCCUCAUAGAUCUUUUGCUUGAGGAUGCUCCAAAGGUUCUCAAUAGAAUUGAGGUCAGGGGAGGAUGGAGGCCACACCAUGACUUUCUCUCCUUUUAUCCCCAUAGCAGCCAUUGAUGCAGAGGCAUUCUUUGCAGCAUGAGAUGGUGCAUUGUCAUGCAUGAAGAUGAUUUUAUUACGGAAAGCAUAGUUCUUCCUUCUGUACCAGGGAAGAAAGUGGUCAGUCAGAAACUCCCCAUACUUUGCAGAGGUCAUCUUUACACCUUCGGGGACCCUAAAGGGGCCGACCAACUCUCAUCCCAUGAUUCCGGCCCACAACAUGACUCCACAACCGCCUUGCUGACAUCGCAGCCUUGUUGGAACAGGAUGGCCGUCCACCGACCUUCCACUACUACAUCCAUCUGGACUACACAGGGUUGCACAGCACUCAUCAGUGAACAGGACUGUUUGAAAAUUAGUCUUCAUGUAUGUAUGUUCUGCCCAAUGCAGCCGUUUCUGCUUGUGAGCUUUGGUUAGUGGUGGCCGAAUAGAAGGUUUAUGCACAGUUGCAAGACUCUGGAGGACUCUACACCUUGAUGUCCGUGGGACUCCAGAGCCACCAGCAGCUUCAAAUAUCUGUUUGCUGCUAUGUAAUGGUAUUUUAGCAGCUGCUCUCUUGAUCCAAAGCAUGGUUCUGGUAGAAAUCUUCCUUAAUGUGCCUAUAUCUGCACGAACCCAUCUGUGCUCUGAAUCAGCCACAAAUCUCUUAACAGUGUGAUCACGCUUAAGUUUUCGUGAAAUAUCUAAUGUUUUCAUACCUCGUCCAAUGCAAUAAACUAUUUCACUCUUUUUGGCAGCAGAGAGAUCCUUUUUCUUCCCCAUAUUGCAUGAAAAUGGUUUUCUGCUUAAUAAUGUGGAACACCCUCCUUUAGUAGUUUUUCCUUAAAUUGGGCUCACCUGGUAAUCUAAUUAUCACAGGUGUCCGAGAUUGUUUUCAGUGAUCAAAAGAGCCCUGAGACACAAUGCCAUCCAUGAGUUAAACUGAAAAACAAAAUAUUUAAUCUUUGUGACACUUAAAUAGAAUUUGCAUAAUAAUUUGAAACAGGGUAUAUAGACAAACAGGGCUAUUUACUAAAUUUAAAAUGACUGAAUUCUGACUCGAUUGACAAUUUUUACAUUUACUAUAGCCAUAACUGAUUCUAAUUUACAGAAAACAUGAGGCAUCCUGAAGCAAUUCCUUUCUUUGAGCCCCACCAAACCAUAGUUUUUUUUAGGAUUUAAAAAAAAAAAAAAUAUUAAUAUUAAUAAUAAUAAAGGUGUCUAGGGACCCAUUGAUUUUAUUCCCAAGAUAUCUGCUAUGUAUGGGUAGGCUAGUAUAUUAAGGAAUACUUACCUUCGAAGUGCCAUCUACAUUUUUGAAGUGCCAUCUCUAUAAGUUUGUCUUGUGAGUUUAACCAUUAAAUAGAUUAUAUCUCACUACCUGUAUUGUACUACUCUAUGUGUGUCUCAUAUUCUAUACCUGGAGAUCAACGUUGUUGGGGUGGUGCAUAUUUAACGACAUAGAGGAGCCCUGACUCUAUCUACAGUGUUUGGAACGCUUAAAGGAUAAUACCUUUUGCAUAUUUAUGUUAUCACACUCUCAAUUGGAGGUAUGUGGGUCUUGCUUUUGGUAUUUUUGUAUACUAAGUAGUCUAGUCAUUAAAAAAAUUAAUUGAGGUAAAUUGAGGAGCAAUAUUAUUAAGGUGUCUAAGGACCCAUUAAUUUUAAUUCUUAAUAUCGUCUCUAAAUGUGUAGGCUAGUAUACUACGGGGUCGGGUAGCUAAAAAGGGAAUUGAGGUGAAUUGAGUAGCAACAUUUAAGCCAGGGGCAGGCAACCUUCAGCAUACCAGAUGUUGUGGACUACAUUUGGCCUAAUGCUUUGCUAGCAUUUGUGGCUGUAAAUGCAUUAUGAGAGAUAUAAUCCAGAACAUCUGGAGUGCCGAAGGUUGCCUAUCCGUGAUCUGUGCCAACAUACUUGAUAUCAGAAGAAUUGAAUGGAAGAAAUUCUCCAGUUCUGCUGUUUUCGCCAAGGUCAGUCCUUACCAUGCCAAUAGAAACUUUUGUGAGUCACUCUAUACCCCCUCGUACCCUUCUGGGUAUCUUUGGAUCCUCAUUGUGUGUCUCUCCUCAUCCCCCAUUUCCACUUUGUGUGUCUCUUAACCCACUGUUACUUCUUUGAAACAUAGAAACAUAGAAUGUGAUGGCAGAUAAGAACCAUUCGGCCCAUCUAGUCUGCCCAAUUUUCUAAAUACUUUCUUUAGUCCCUAGUCUUAUCUUAUAGUUAGUAUAGCCUUAUGCCUAUCCCACACAUGCUUAAACUCCUUUUCUGUGUUAACCUCCACCACUUCAGCUGGAAGGCUAUUCCAUGCAUCCACUACCCUCUCAGUAAAGUAAUACUCCCUGAUAUUAUUUAUAAACCUUUGGCCCUCUAAUUUAAGACUAUGUCCUCUUGUUGUGGUAGUUUUUCUUCUUUUAAAUAUAUUUGUGUCUCUAAAUUCCCCUAACUUCUUGUAUGUCUUAACUCAUCUUACCCUUUUCCCACCUACUCACAUGUACACUGUCACAUGCAUACAUACCUAGGCAUUUACUAAUACACACAUGACCAAAGUCACAUACAUAGAUACACAAAAUCAUGUAGUCACAUACAUAUACAAACACACACAUAGUCACAAUAUAUAUAACUACACAAUUACACACAGACAGCCACAGUCAUACAUAGUCACAUACACACAGUAUGUAUGCACAGUCACAUAAAUACAGUAACAGUACAUACACACAGUCAUAUACACAGUAUCAGCCCAGGGCCGGCGCCACCUGUAAGGCGACCUAGGCAGCCGCCUAGGGCGCAACUUAGCAGGGGGCACCGGAUCCCUGCACCCUGCGGCUCCUCAUGCUGCACCGCCUGAGCGCUUUAGCAAGCCCCAGGCGGCGCGGCAUUGCUGUGUGGAGGGCGGCCAGGUUUGUGACCGGCAGGAGGGAGGCGCAGAGCGCUCCCUCCUGCCGGUCUCUCAAUGUAGCGUGGCCGGGCGGCGCGGAACGCGGGACAGGAACCUCUGUUUCCUGUACCCGGCCGCCGGCGGAAUGACAGGAAGUGCUCACUGAGUGAGCACUUCCCUUCAGUCCGCCGGCGGCCGGGUACAGGAAACAGAGGUUCCUGUCCCGCGUUCCGCGCCGCCCGGCCACGCUACAUAGGCAGGAGGGGAGGGGGUAAGGACCAUUAGGGGAGGGGGGGGGGAGUGGGAGGGAGUAAGGACCAUUAGGGGAGGCGACCAUUGGGGAGGGGAGGGAGGCGACCAUUAGGGGAGGGGGGAGUGGGGAGGGAGAAGGGACCAUUAGGGAGGGGAGGGGGAGUGGGAGGGAGUAAGGACCAUUAGGGAGUGGGGAGGGAGGCGACCAUUAGGGGAGUGGGGGAGGGAGUAAGGACCAUUAGGGAGGGGGGAGGGGGAGGGAGUAAGUGACCAUUAGGGAGUGGGGAGGGAGGCGACCAUUAGGAGGGGGGAGGCGACCAUUAGGGAGUGGGGAGUGGGGAGGGAGGCGACCAUUAGGGAGGGAGGGGGAGGGGAGGGAGUAAGCGACCAUUAGGAGUGGGAGGGAGGCGACCAGGGAGGGGGGGGGAGGCGACCAUUAGGGAGGGGGGGAGUGGGGAGGGAGGCGACCAUUAGGGAGGGAGGGGAGGGGAGGAGCAAGGACCAUUAGAGUGGGGGGAGUGGGAGGAGAAGGCAAUCCAGGGGUGGGGAGGCGACCAUUAGGGGAGUAAGGACCAUUAGGGAGGGGGGGAGUGGGGAGGGAGUAAGGACCACAGGGGAGGGGAGGGGGAGGGGGAGGGAGGGGGGGGAGUGGGGGAGGAAGCAGACCAUUAGGUGGGGGGGAGGCGACCACAGGAGGGGGGAGGAGGAGGCGACCAUGGGGAGGGGGGGAGGCGACCAUUAGGCGAGGGGGAGGCGACCAGCUAGGGAGGGGGAGUGGGGAGGGAGGCGACCAUGGGGGGAAUGGGGAGUAAGGACCAUUAGGGAGUGAGGGGGGAGCAAGGACCAUUAGGGGAGGGGAGUGAGUAAGGACCAUUGGGGAGGGGGGAGUAAGGACCAUUAGGGAGGGACGGGAGGCGACCAUUAGGGAGAUGGGGAGGGGAGGGAGUAAGGGACCAUUAGGAGGGGGGGAGGCGACCAUGGGGAGGAGGGGGAGGCGACCCGCUAGGGAGGGGGGAGUAUGACCGUGGGGAAUGGGGGAGUAAGGACCAUUAGGGGAGUGGGGGGGAGUAAGGACCACUAAGGGGGAGAAGGACCACCAAAGGGGGGUAAGGAGGGAGGACCACUAAGGGAGGGGGAGGGUAAUGACCACUGAGGGGGGGGGAUUACCACUAAGGGGGUGGGGGGAGGAGGGGAAGGUCUACUAAGGGGUUUGGGAGAGGGAGGACCACUAAGGGAAGGGAUGGAGGACCACUAAGGGAGAGAGGGGGAGUGAGAAGACCACCAAGGGGGGACUGCAGAGGGACAGGGGGCCAAGGGAGAGCACUAAGGGACAGAAGGGGUAGAACAUGGAGGGACAGGAGGGAAGGGGAAAUCAAUAAUUGACAGGAGGGGAGAGCACUAUGAAAUUUUUUUUAAAAAAUAAAGAGCUGUUCCCCUCUCAGUCCCUAUCCUACCCCACAAACCCUCUCUUUUACACUACAUACAAACACAAUGCAUCCCCCCCUACACACACACACACACACAGAAACAUACAAUGCAUUCCUACUCACACACAGACACACCCGAAACACACAAUGCAUCCCUUACGUUCACACAAACACUCAUUCUCUUAGACACAGAAACAAAAUGCAUCUCUUACACAAUCAAUGCACCCCUUACAGACACACACUGCAUUCAAUUACAUACACAGAAACACACCUUGCACCCCUUACACACACAGAAACAUACAAUGCAUUCCUUACGCGCAAACACACACUACAUCCCCUAUAAACACACUACAUCCCUUGUACAAAUUGGUAUCCCUAUACACUACAUUCUAUAAGAACACACACACAUUGCAUCCUCUACAAUAACACAUAAAACAUCCCUACACACAUACACUACACUUCCUGUGAGAGAACUCAUGGGUGGGCCAUGUAGGUAUUUAUGGCUGGGCAUUGUAGGCAUACUCAUGGUCAAGCCCUGGGGGCCCAGACCUUGAGCUGUGUAAGGGGCCCUAAAAAAUGGAGCUGCUUCCUGUUCGUUAAUUGUUGUGAGCACUGUUAAAAACAGUCUCCAGAGAGCCUCUUCUACACCAGACCUGUGGAGCCAGACUGAGCCCAUCAUCAGCCUCUUGUCCUCAUCUGGUGGUAAGUAGGCAAUCCAAUAUAUUAUUAGUGGCACUAAUCUCACAUUAAAUGGAUACUAUAGUCACCAGAAGCACUACAGCAUAAUGUAGUGGUUCUGGUGUCUAUAGCCUGUGCCUGUAGGCUUUUUAAUGUAAACACACUGUCUUUUCAGAUAAAAGACACUUUGUGAAGACUGGCGUUGGCCCAUAUGGGCGGGGCAUUGUGAUGUUACAUGGUGGGCAGGACAUGGGGGGGUGGGGGGGCGGCAAAUUUUUAUUUGCCUAGGGCGGCAAAAAUCCUUGCACCGGCCCUGUAUCAGCCACAUUCACACAGACAGUCACAUAAACUGUAACCUUCACAUUCGCACAGUAUCAGUCACACACAGUCAUACACACAGAGACAGACAUACUCAAUAUCAGUUACAUAAACACAGUGACAUACACACAAAACAAAAUAAAAUAAAUGUCAGGCAUCAUGAUUAAAGGUAACACAGAUGAAAUUCUCCAUUUAAUUAAUUCUGCAUGCAUGGGUUUAUUGCAGAACCCUUGGAUGGAGCACCGAUAAGAGAUUGGGGGCCUUUUGAGUUUAUGCUGUGCAUCCUGUAUACAGUUUUCCUAUACACACAAACACAAUCAAUUACAGUCACAGACAGAGUCAAUCACAUACAUACAGUAAUAUUCACCUACACAUAUUCACACAUACAGUCUCACAUGGUCCUUAAAGGACCACUAUAGUGCCAGGAAAACAUACUCGUUUUCCUGGCACUAUAGUGCCCUGAGGGUGCCCCCACCCUCAGGGACCCCCUCCCGCCCGGCUCUGGAAGGGGAAAGGGGUAAAAACUUACCUUUUUCCAGCGCUGGGCGGAGAGCUCUCCUCCUCCUCUCCUCCUCCGUUCCGCCCCGUCGGCUGAAUGCGCACGCGCGGCAAGAGCUGCGCGCGCAUUCAGCCAGUCGCAUAGGAAAGCAUUUCAUAAUGCUUUCCUAUGGACGCUGGCGUGCUCUCACUGUGAAAAUCACAGUGAGAAGCACGCAAGCGCCUCUAGUGGCUGUCAAUGAGACAGCCACUAGAGGAUUAGGGGAAGGCUUAACCCAUUCAUAAACCUAGCAGUUUCUCUGAAACUGCUAUGUUUAUAAAAAAAUGGGUUAACCCUAGAAGGACCUGGCACCCAGACCACUUCAUUAAGCUGAAGUGGUCUGGGUGCCUAGAGUGGUCCUUUAAUGUGAUGGAUAAUAUUGGGAGCAGGGAGUAGGAUAGGAAGUCAAAGUCCCUGCUAUCUAGUGGUGAAGAAGCACACACUCCCUGCUGCUUCCAUUAUGUGUGUUGCAUUGUUUCCAGACAGUGGCAUAUUACUCUGCACUGACUGCCUGCAUCAGACACAGAUACCUGCCAUGGAUGCAGGUAGUACACCACACGGGGUGGCCCAUUCAGCCUUGUAGCACCCCCUCAAUCUGGUGUAUGGUGACAAUUACCCCCCUCUGACCCCUUUGCUACAUUACUGGAAAUUUGGUCAUCCCAUCUAAACUGGCAGUGUCUGGUUUCAAAUCAGUGCCCAUUCCUUUUGCAAGUAUAUUAUCCAGAAAAUGUACCAAUUUUAAGCAUAAUUGGGAGUAAUUGCAUCCUGUAGGACGAACAUUUGCAAAUUAUUGUUUCCUUGUUUUGAUAAUGAUCAGUACUAUUUGCCUGCUGGCAGAGACAGCAGCCCGGAGGCAAAGCGUUACAAACCCUUGAUGGUGCAAAGGUUAAGUUAUGUAGCAGCUGGCCAGCGCUUUAAAUACAAAAAAAUGCCUUAGGGCAAUAUGACAAUAGGACUGGUUUGGGAGCCACUCUACUAAAUGGUUCUGUCUAAAAGGGUUACUCCAACCACCAUGACCACUUCACUGAUUUAAGUGGGCAUGGUAGUAGGAAUCUGUAUGUGCAGUAAUUCUGCUUCAAACGCUGCACAUACAGAAAAAUCUGCACUUGUGUGCCAGGGGCUAAUUACACACCCAGCACAUAUGACUUUGGCAACCUGGAACUCUGUUCUGGUCUGCCUAAUGUCAAUUCUGUCCAUAAAAUAUGCCCUUCGUCAAAUCGCACUACACACUGGCAAUGGAUAUGUUGAGCUCCUCACAAUCUCCUUCUCAACCUACUUUUGCUGGUUCAGAUUGUGCGCAUGCGCUCUGAGCUGGCAAAAUUUUCCAAUGCAGGCUUUCCUGUGAGAAGCCUUUGCUUGGACUGCACAAGGCCCUGGCUGGUGCCAGAUAUAGGUUUGUAAAGCUGAAGCAAGAGCUUUGCCUGGCAAUGGAUUCCAGGUAAGUAAAAAAAAAUGUUUACAGUGUUAAUGAAAAAUUUACUGGGGUGACCUAAUUAAUAGGGCACUUGAAAUAGAAAAAUGCCCCCUCCCCCUUCCCUCUAAAAGGGUUGUAGUAACCCUUUAAGAUAGCAAUUUAAGCUGGGCCAGUAUAUAAUAAAGAAAGAACUUGUUUUGCCCCCCUGCCUCCAUCCGUUGGUUUUGGAUUAGGGGUUAAAUGUUAAUAAUGGGUGAUGAACAGACCACUAUCCACCCACUGUCCCCACCAGUGGUCAAGUGGAUGGGAGUUCUAAUGUUAUACGUGUCGGUGGAUGUCUGUGUCCACUCAAGCUCCAAUCUGGGUGGGACGCAUUAAAAUGCCCACUCACUGCUUUUUUUAUGGUGUUUUUAUGGUGUUUUUUGCCGGGCUCUAAGGUGAGGAAGGGGUUAAUCCUUUACCUUUUCUCCACCGCCGGGCUCCCUCGGUGCUGGGGACUCUCCUCCUCCAUUCCCCGUCAAUGGCUGAAUGCGCAUGCACGAGCAUUCAGCCAGUCCAUAGGAAAGCAUUCUCAAUGCUUUCCUAUGGACGCUGGCGUCUUCUCACUGUGAAAAUCACAGUGAGAAGCGCGGAAGCACCUCUAGCGGCUGUCAAUGAGACCCAAUGAAACUGCUAUGUUUACAGCAGAAAGGGUUAAUCCUAGAUGGACCUGGCACCCAGACCACUUCAUUAAGCUGAAGUGGUCUGGGUGCCUAUAGUGGUCCUUUAAUUGGAGCUUGCUAAGCAAAAUAUGAACACUGUUAAAAACUAUGAACAAUGCCUACAGUUCAGUUUCAGUUUGAAGAGCCCAUUUUGUACAGGGCUAUUUGCACUUCAGGAAUAACCCUGAUAGAGUUGGUAACUGCAGAAUAGUAUCUUGUAAAUAUACUUUACUGUAGUAUCUAUGCUUUAUGUGGAGUGAUGAAUUUUAAUGUGAAAACAAACCUGACAAUACCUCUGCUCAUAUAAUGGAGAAAGUGAACAGGAUAUAAUGAGAGAAAAAAUCAUAUUAGUUAUGAUUGUCUAUGAUGGUGGUCACUGAUCUUACUAUAGUAAUAAUUACCUGUAUAACCCUGUCUGGUUUUCAGAAAUUCGAGGUACGAGACUAUGAGCCAACAAACUGGGCAACAACCAUUGUAGACUUGUCGUCUGAUGUAGUACCUCAAAGUGAUCGUCUCUACCAGUAUAUCAGAGGAGCAAAUAAAAAAGGUUUGGCAUUUACUGUGUUUUGUAUAGCAUAUUAUUUCUUAACCACCUUUAUUAUAAAAAAUGCAAUAUAUAAUAUAACUCUUACCUGAAAAGGGGUUCUAGUAAGUCUUGACAAAAUUCUUACAUAGCAGCAUUUUAAAUUUUGACUUUAACUAAAUUAUUCCUAUUAUAAAUAGAAUAAUUAAAAUAAAUCAGGGGAGAGUUUAGAGUUGAAACACAGACAGGAGUUCAGAACACAGGUAAGCAACAGAACACGGGCAAGUCAAGAGAAGAGAAUGCGGAAUUCAAUUCUUCACAGAUCGGCCUGAGGACUGAAAACCUGAAAUGCAAAAUGUUAAAGCAAAUUAGUGGCAGGAGUAGCAGUAAGGUGAACACACACUAUGGAUGGCCACAAUUUAAAUAUAGAGCAUCAAUAACACAAUGCCUAAGAUAAUUCAAGGUACAGUAUGUGAAGCUAGAGCUCCUCGUUCAUGCAUUACCUAGAAGACAUUUAUAUGGCAUGUUCCACUAUUAGAUGAAGAAAUGAAUACAAACAGUAUAUGGAGUGUGCUUUGCAAUAGUUAGUAUAUAUAUGCAGCUUUUCCCAGUGUCUAAAAUCACUCUAAAGAAACCAAUACAAUUAAAAUGCAGAAUAACCACAAAUAGGGGGCGCAAUUUAUACCACCCUGAAGACAGUGAAUGAUACUUAUAGAAUGUCCUCUUUCAAUUGGGGUAAUAGGCAUCAGAAAUAGAAGCAAAUCUGGAUAUAAAACACACCCAACAAAACUCUCAUAGUGCAACAAUGUUACAAUACAUAUAUUAUAGGGUGUAAUCGGCCACUCACACUUUGCAGAGCCACGUAUAGCAGACUCCGGCUAUAAUGGUUUUAAGUAGUGAUAUAUUCUUCUAGUCUCCCCCUUUUUUACUCGACUCUCCACAAUUGGGAAUGAUGCAGGUACCUCAAUAGGUGUUUUAGAAAAAACUGACUUUAAUGAAGAAUAAAAUAGCAAACAAAAAUAGCACAAACCAUAUAUAUAAUAGUCCAGAAUAAGCAUGCAACGAUUCAACUAAAUAGUCUUCCUUUUGGUGCAUACUGGCUCAAUUGAGCCUCCAUACUUUUAAGCUUCCAGUUUGAAAAUUGCAUUAGGCUCCCAUUUUCGGCACUGGUUCUGUUCUUCCUCCGACUUCCAGUAUGUGUAAUGACGCUCUCAUGUUCUGAUGCCACUCAAUGUGAAGCUGUCUAUAUGUGACACUCUGCCUUUGUCUGUUCUUUGCUGAUGGUUGCUCCUCCACACGUGACCCAUAGAGGCAAUGUCCUCAAUUUUCAAGGGUCCAAUCUCAUUCUUUUGCUCAGAUAAACUUGCUGACUCCUCAAAGACACAGGACCCCAAAAAUUACCCCCUUACUCCAUCCUUAUGAGGUUUCCUCACCUCCUCACAGAGAUAGGCUGCAUGAUCAAUACUUCAUCUUCUAGCUCUCUGAUAUCGGACCAUGACUCAUACCAACUACCUGGCCAAUUACACACUACAUGCCUCAAUCUGCAACUCCUAAGUGAUGAGUUAUAGGGCCUCACUAAUCUUAUUGGUCAGCUGGAGGUGGACAGUGACAACCUGCUGGUAGUUCAGUCGAGUACCCUGACAUGUGAAAAGGAGUAAAUGCAAGCCAUGGCCCUACAUGUGGCUGACCUGGACAAUAAGGGCUUUCACUGCAACUUCUGGCUACGAAGCCUCCUCGAUGUGGAAGACAACACCAAACCUAAGUGAAAUUGUCCUUGAGGUAUUUCUUGGCCUCCAAAUAAUGACAUCACAUUGAAUUUGUAUGCUCAUUGGGCUCUUAGACCUAGGGGGCUGUUAAAUAGUCCUCCAACCGAUGUGGUUUGUUGCCUGCCCAAUUUUGGUCUUAAAGAGGGUAUCUUAUGCACAGGUCAUGGUGUCAUGGGAGCUCCUCUACCAGCAAUACCAACUGCAGUUUUUCCUAGAUCUCUUUCCAGUGGGUGCAUGGAUAUUGCCAGGCCUUUUGGACCCUCACCCGAAUGUUUUCUUCUCAGAAAACAGGAUGCCAUUGGUAAAUACAUACUUAUCUGAAUGACUUCACAUCUGAUUGCAGCAGACCUUGCAUGCCCACAAUGUCUUUAUAUUGACCUAGUGAUUUCUGGUAUCUGGACCUGGCUUCGUAUUGACCUUGUGAUUUCUGGUAUCCAGACCCGGCUUCGUAUUGACCUUGUGAUUUCUGGUAUCCUGACCCGGCUUUGUCUUGACUCUGAGUAUUUCUGUAUUUCUGACACUGGUUUAUCUUGACAUGUUUCUUACUGUAUUAAUACGUUAAGACCGGCAAUUCUAAGGCUCAGUAAUAUGUCUUUUAGAUCCACCUUUUGUGGGUUUCCACUUUACUGCGUGUUGAGGUACGACUCCUGUGACAAGCAGACUUAGGAGAGUGAGUACUUUGCAAAUAACUAUUUAAAAUUCAUGCCGUGACCAUCCCUAUUUACUAACCCUAAAUUUACCCCUUCUCCCCAAACCUAAACAAACAAAAAAUCCUUUAAUUUGAUUCUAGGGUAAAACUAAAUACCCAAUACUAAAUUUAACAUAGAUCUACCCCAAACUCAAUCAUUCUAAACACUCCUGUGGCGAUCCGUUACAACUCCUUAUAACACAAUCAGUGGCGUAACUACAAACCACAGUACAUCGGUGAAAAAAAUGUCAUGAAUACACCCCAUGUUUCUCAUUACCUCCAGCCCCUCGAUGCGUCUCAUCCCCCCCAACUCACCCAUAUGUCCCAUUCCCCCAAUGUAUCUCAUUCCCCCUCAGGUCCUCUGUGUAUCUCAUCCUCCCAUGCCCCUCAUGUGUCUCAUUCCCUCCCCCCCAAAGCCCUUCAAUAUGUCUCAUCCCCCCCCAGACCCUCAUUUUGUCCCAUAUGCCUGUCUCUGUGUGUGUGUGUGUGUGUGUGUGUGUGUGUGUGUGUGGCUGUCUGCCUGCGUGUAUGUGGGGACCACUAAGGGACAUGGAGAGAAGACCACUAAGGGACAGGCGGAAAGAGAGGAGACUACUAAGGGACAGAGGGGAGACUAAUAAGGGACUGGAGGGGAGGGGAGGGGAGAGGAGACCACUAAGGGACAGGGUGGAGAUACCACUAAGGAACAAGGAUGGAGUGGAAGAGAUCUUAAAGAAACGGGGCAAGGUGUGAAAGAGUCACACAAAGGGGCUGGUGGGGGAGAAAGAAGCACCCAGAAGGGUGUGAGUGGGUAGAAAGACAUACAAAGGGACAUGGGGGGGGGGGGAAACACACAGAAGAGACUUGGGGGAGGAAUACACAGAGUGGCUUGGGGUGAAGAAGACACAGAUGGCCUGUGGGGGGGAGGGACACAUAAGGGCUGGGGAAGGGGGAAAAUAUACACAUAGAGGAAUUGGGAAGAGUAAAGGACACAAGGGGGUUGGGAGAGAAGGAGACACACAAAGGGUCUGGGGACACACACAAAAUGUGGGAGAAUGUAAGAGUCAUACAAAGAGAAGGGAUAAGAGACACACAAGGGAGGUUUUAAGAGAUACCCAAGGAAGGUAUCUCUAAGACACACAAUGGGGAAAAAUAGGGGAUGAGAUACACUAAAGGGGGUAAGAAAUUUAAAAGAGGGGAUACAAAACACAAAAGGAGGAUUAAGAGGCACACAGGUGAAGAUGCUUUUUUAGGGGUGGGAGAGGGGAAGUGGUAAUAUGCAUCUUCGCCUGUGUACCCAAAAAUCCUUGCAACAGCCCUGGCUAUGGGGGCUAUGACGCUACCAUACUUGACUCCCUUGACUUGAUUUUAUGGCCAACUUGGGCCUGGAUUGAAGACAAGCAAAUUCCCCUUUGAUCCCAUUCAGUUUUGUUUCAUGGUUGUUCAUUACGAAGUCAAACUUUCUUCCCAUCCACCUUAUGUUUUUUCCUCUCCACCCUCUUUUAAUUUUUUUCUUCUUUUUUUACAUUUACUGUUUGUGGUACACAUUAUCUGAGGCAUGUUUAUUCCUCUCUUUAAGAUCACUUGUACUGGUGAAAUACAAGUCAUCACAAGUCAUCUAUAAUAGUUUAAUUUAAGUGAGGUGCAAAAGAAAAACUUAAAUGCAAAGUGGUAAAUGCUGGUACAAGAAAUACUACCUAGACAUUUAUUUAUUUUUUAUUCAAAAAGUUUUUUAUUUUGUUUUAAAUUCGCAUAACAAGACAGUUUGAAGAAGGUUACAGUAGAUAUAGGGUGCAUGGGUAUCAUAUUAUAACAUGGUAUCUGUUAGUUUACAGAGCAUGUAAUGAUUUAGGCUUAAGGAGCAUGCACGGGGGUAUGCCAGUAAUGUGGAGUUUGACAACUCAGUGGGUUGAUUACAGCGUCAUGGCAAGUGAAGGUUGCACCAUGUGUAUAUAAUGAACAGAGUUUUAGAAACAGUUGCGUGUUUCAAAUCAUUCAACAUUUGUAGUAGGGUGUGGGUAUUUUUGCGGUGGUUUACAGUGUUAUGAGUUCUACCGGGGAAUACGAUUCGGUUUUUAUUUUGGGGUGGAUUAUGUAUACCUGGCAAGUUUUACUGCGCACAUUGCUUGGUAUGUGGGGUUUCAUCAGUUGGAAGGGUAUUCAUGUGGGUAUCUUAUUUGGUAGGGAUAUGCCCUGGGUCGCGGUGUCGAGGUCCAGUGGGGUGGGUCUUUUAUUGGGACUUCGGGCAUAGGGCUCGGAGCCUGACUGUUAAUGUUGUGAGUGGGGGAGGGUGGGAUUUGUGGGCAGCGUUGAGUUGUGUGCCAGGGUGUUGCUGCGUUCAGAGCUAUCUGGUAAAUGGGGGGGAAGCUGGGGGUUUUUGGCCCGGUAGCUGUUGUGUUGUGUGUAGUGUGAGAGUUGUCUCUGGUGUGCUGUCUUGUGCGUGUCUCUGUCGUGUGUCAUGGUCACGUCCCAUCAAGACACAUGAGGGUAUGGUGCGUGCCGUUCGGUCUGUGUCUGGGGAGGAGGAGUGGGGGGGUGAGCGCUGUUUGUCUUGUGCCGUAAUUGUUCAUCUCUGUGUUGUUAUGUCUCUGAUGGGUUGUAGGUGGGCAGGGUCGCCCAGGAGGAGGCAAGGCUACCUAGACAUUUAAUAGAGGAAUAAAGUCAUAGAGGUACAAAAGGUUUGGAACAGAGCCCUUUCUCAACCACUUUGCAUCAGAAUUUAUCUUUUCUACUCACUGUAAUGCAUUAACACUGUCUAAGGCAAACAUUGCAAUUCUUUGGCAGCAGUGGGCUAAUACUCAUGUACUUUUAGAUACGUACUGCAGUCACCUACUACCACUCAUUUUUCUAUACAUAACUUUAUUUAAGUUAAGUUUAAUUAUGAUUACACCUGCUAGUUCAGGUGCAUAAUGACAUGUACAAUUUGCUCUGUUUUAUAUAUAUAUUUUUUUCUUUUUACGUUUAGAUGGAAAAUGCUGGAUCCUUGUAUUCUUACUCUGUUCCUAGAUAUGUAAUCAUUUAUUCCAUAAACAGAGAUUGUAAAAGAAAAACAAGAGAAAACCAAUCUUAAUUUCUAUUUCUUAUGUUUAUCUUAAAGGUUCAAAAAUGAACAUGACACUACCUUAUUCACUAUAUCUUCCAACAAGCGAAAACACAGAUACACUGCCCCUUGCAUUAUUUUAUCUCCCACCAGAAUUUGAAACUCCUAAACCAUUAGACGACAGUAUAUACGUUUACAGUUAUCCUGCAACGAGAUGGUAUGUUAGGUAAGUAACAGUCUUCACAUGGUACUUAGUACAAUUUAAUACUACUUACAAAAACAUUGUAUCCUUCAAUAGUCAUUUUUCUUCAACUCUGGUCUCUUUUUUUUAAUCUAAAAGGCUAUCACUCAUUUCCAGGUCUUUUAAAGGUCAUUUAAAAGUGGAAGACUACUUUAAUCAUGCACGAGUUUUAACAAUUGAGUUGGCGCAACUGAAGAAACCAUUUGAAUGUACUUUCUGUUCAUGCAGUAUCUACAAUGGUCUAUAUGAGCUGGACGACUGUCAUAAUGAAGUCGCAUUCAUGCUCAAUGAUAUAUAG